AGGCUGCAGCUGGAGCCCCAGUGACUGGAGUUGGAGUUGCCGGGAGUUUUCCCUCUCACCCCUCCCUAGCUGCGCGCGCGGGAGAAGGAAACGGAGCGGAGGAGGCAGCCCGGGCCCGACCGAGCCUUCCUUGCUGGAGCCCAGCACUCCGCGUGGGGUAAGCCCCACAGAUAGAGGCGGCUAGAGCCGGGGCGCGUGCCGCGCACUUGUACCUCCGGGAGCACUAGCCGCGUUGCGAGAGAAAUUACUGGGUGUCCUCCAUCUUUGAUCUACAAUGAGUGCCAAAUCUGCAAUCAGCAAAGAAAUUUUUGCACCUCUUGAUGAGCGGAUGCUGGGAGCUGUCCAAGUCAAGCGGAGGACAAAGAAAAAGAUUCCUUUCCUAGCAACUGGUGGUCAAGGCGAAUAUCUAACCUACAUCUGCCUGUCAGUGACAAACAAAAAGCCCACACAAGCAUCUAUCACAAAGGUCAAACAAUUUGAAGGCUCCACAUCUUUUGUACGAAGGUCUCAGUGGAUGCUUGACCAGCUUCGCCAGGUUAAUGGUAUCGACCCCAACCGGGAUUCUGCAGAAUUUGAUUUACUAUUUGAAAAUGCUUUUGAUCAAUGGGUGGCAAGCACAGCUUCAGAAAAAUGCACCUUUUUCCAGAUUCUCCAUCAUACUUGUCAGCGGUACCUCACAGACAAGAAACCAGAAUUUAUUAAUUGUCAGUCCAAGAUUAUGGGAGGAAACAGCAUACUUCAUUCAGCAGCAGACAGUGUAACGAGUGCAGUGCAGAAGGCCAGCCAGGCCUUGAACGAGCGUGGGGAAAGGUUAGGUCGAGCAGAGGAAAAGACAGAAGACAUGAAGAACAGUGCCCAGCAGUUUGCCGAAACUGCUCACAAGCUUGCCAUGAAGCAUAAGUGCUGAAGUACUUACUGCCUAUCCUGAUGACCCUCCCAAGAGAAAUGGAAAAGAUUGGUUCAGCAGUUUUUACAAGAAUUCCAAAAUUCCACCUGCUUCUUGUUGCCAAUUCAUUGGAAAUUGGUUUGUGUUUUUUUCAGACAUUAGUAUUGGAGAGGAGGGGAAAGAUGUUGUGUUUUUACAUUUCUGUAGUGACCUUAAGAAAUGCUGCACUAUCUUCAAUUUGGGGAGGGAGGAAUUUUUUUGGGUAUUUUUUCCCCAAAAUGUCUUAGAUGUUUUGUUUUUUAAGUAAGAAAAAUGGACCAAAUAACUUGAACAGGGUGAAAACUGGCAAAAUCUGGAUUUUUUCCUGAUAUGAAACAGGAAGACAUUUUAAUUUGGCUACAUCAAAUGUUAUUGUUUCUGUAUGAAAAUAAAAUUCAAAGAGUGAUUAAUUUUUUUCCCCUCAUUUUUGUAGCUAGUGUUAGCGGAAUCAGAAAGUUAGAAUUCUGUAUCCUGGGACAUUAAAAGUCUCUAUUAUGGAAAACAACUGGAUUUAUCAAGGGAAACAGCCGUCUUAGAUUUUGCUCUUUGCCUAGCUACCUUUUGCAUGAGCCAUCACCAGCAUUCCAAAAAGCAAAACAGAGUUGCCGAUAAGAUUCUGCUUUCUGUGUUGCAGGUUCAGUGUUUCUGCUACUUAUUUCCAGAAUGAUCCUUUUUUUUAAAUUUACUGUGAAAAAUAUAAAUGUGAAGUUAAAGUCUUAAGAAAAAAUUUCAUUUAUAAUUGAGUAGUUUCCCUGUGUACAGGGAAAGUAGUUAUGAUGACACAUGAUUCCUUUACCCUCUAGUAGCUGGUGGGGAAGAAUGGGUUGAGUAGGGAGGAGAAUUUGCCCUGUGGGAACUCCCUUACCAACCCGUCUGUGACUUAGCAGAUAAGAAAUAAGAAACUGCCUGAAGCAAAGGGAUUAAAUGACUUGCCUCAAUAAAGGUCAGUAGGAAGAGAUUUGAAGCUAAAUUUCUUCUUUGCUCCCAAGUGCGGCCCUUCAUCCAUGGCCCCAUUACAAUCUAGUGGGAGGGGUUAGAACAAACAUGAAUUAGCACAUAAGAGUGAUACAGCCAAAGUACCAUUUCUGAUGUGAGAGAGAGCACUUCUGUUCGAGGGGAUGAGAAAUGGAAGGCACCAAUUUGCCAUCUCUUCACCUUCUGAAGAAAACCUUAAUAUGGUAAUUUCUGAAGCAUGUGUUAUUUACAAGGGUUUUUAGCAGCCUUCUAGGUGAAAGCUUUUAGGUUACAGCAACAUUGUUCCUCAAAAGUCAGCUCUCAAACAUUUAGUGAUGGGCAUUUAUUAUGGUAUGGGCCUGAUGGUGUCUGUCCCAUGCCUAAGGGGCAGCAUUUUCCUAUUUAGACAGGAACUUGGGCUACAUGUGCCACAGAGGACUAAGUCUCCAAGUACUGCAAGAAGUCUUCAAACAAAGGUCAGAGAUCACAUGUUGGUAAUAGUGUAGAGGGAAAAGCUUGAUAAAGUAUGGUUUUGACUUGAUGGUUUCUGAGGUACCUUCGAGUUCUUACAUGCUAUGAUUCUGAGUUGCAAUAAUUUGAGAGUUAGUGACCAUUUGAGAGUUAGUGACCAAUAAUUUGAGAGUUAGUGCUUUUUUUUUUGUCAUUGUCCCUUAUAUUUUUUUUUGUUUUGCCCUGGACUUGUUGGUUUCAUUAAUAUAAAGAGCUUCCAGCACAAAAACCUCCUCAGGUGAUUCAAAGUGCCACCUGUUCCAGUCUUAGACAAUUGCCUGGGACAUAAGAGGUUAAAUGACUAGUCCAGGGUCAUGUAGCCAAUAUGUGUCGCAGGCAGAACUUGAACCCUAGUCUUCCUGGUUUCAAAACUUGGCGUUCUGUCUAUCAUGCCAGGCUGCCUCUCAAAUGUGGUAGUUAUUCUAAGAAAGGACCUGAAUUUUAUCAAGAAUCAACUGGUCCUGGGGCAGCUAAGUGGUGCAGUGGAUAGAGCAUCAGCUCUAGAGUGAGGAGGACCUGAGUUCAAAUCCUACCUCAGAUGCUUACUAACUGUGUGACCCUGGGCAAGUUACUUAACCCAUUUGCCUCAAAAAAGAAAUGCUCCAGAUAAAAAUCUGUACAAAUAAGAAGGAAAAAAAAAGUCACAUUUAUAUCCUUUUCUGUCUUUCCAUGAAACUGUCUAUUUCAGAGAGAUUAUCAUAGUGUCCUAGGGCAUUCUUAGUGCCAUAUCCAUAUUGAUUUUAUUUUUACUUUUUUUGCUAUUUAUUCAUGUAGUUUAAAUCAUAGGGAUUUUGACAAACCACUUCUUAUAACCAUUGCGACCUUCCCUAAGAUGGUAUCAGGCCAUGUAGGCAUGAUGCCUUUCCAUUACAAUGGAUUUUAUUCACACUCCUCCUUAAAGCUUAGACUUUGGAAGUAGUAAAGAUGUUUUUUUUCCACCAAAAGUUAAAAUGCUAAGUACAGGAAUGAUGACUGCUCUUCUCCAUGAGAAUAUGCUGCCCAGCAUAUCCCAUGCUUGGUUGCCUUCCUAGGCCUCUCAUUGCAAUGCAUUGAUUUCUAAAAUGCUUGAUUCCUCUAAAUCCCAUUCCUGCCUCCUUCCCAUUGAGCCCAGGGUUAGUAUAGUCCAAGGGUGUUUGGUGUAGAAUCCAAGUAACCUUUCAUGUUGCAGAAUAAAAAAACACUGCAUUAUUAAUGUCCAUUUAAGCAGCUGACAUGUCCUGAUAAAGCAGUUCCAGGGACACUAUAAAUUGUAGUUGUUGGAAAAGAAAUCUCUUUGGCAAUGCUGGCAUGUCAGAAAGGAGGUAGAAUGUAUUUGAGAUGAAUUUUUGAGUCCUCUUAGGGAGACAACCCAGUUAAAGACAUCUCCCCAUAAAAGAUAGUUAGUAAGCUAUUUUUAACAACAUUUUGUAUUAUUUUCCUUUGGGGACCUGGGAACUUAAAGAACUGAGUAACGUGACAUCUAGCAAGCAAAGCUGGAGGCCUUUAAAGUUGCCAGACAUAGAUGCCAUAUGUUAUAGCAGAUAGUUUUGCAAAACCUCAUUGUAUAGGCUAUUAGCAGAAUUAAUAGGAGUCUUGAAAAAUAUUUGGCCCCUAGUAUUUUAUCUUUGACGGUUCAGCUUUGUCAGAAAAGGACACAAUAGAUCUUUCUGCUUAUUAGGUUUUUUUUAAUUGUAUACUUUCUAGGAAAACAAAACCAAUGAGGACAGAAAGAAAGAAAGGGAGGGAGAGAGAGAGACAGACAGACAGACAGACACGAGAGACUCUACCUGUGACAACCUUCCCAAUCAUUCAUUCUGCAAGAUUUAUUAAGUGCUUACUAUGUGUCAGGCACUGUCCUACGUGCUGGAGAUAAACAAAAUGGCUUUUAGGGUCAUUAAAUAUGGGCCUGGGGAGAGGAGGAAUAUGCAAUUAUAUACAAUAUAUGUGUGUCCAUGUAUAUAUAAUUGCAAAUUGAAUUCUGGCCAUCUAAUAGCCACUUAGCUAGCACAUAAAAUUGAAGAUAAGAAAAAGUCAAAUAGAAAGACACAGAUAACUAAACUUUAGGGGAAUCUGUUGCUAAUAGUUAGACAACAGUACAUGUUAUUUGGUGAAGCCACCUUAGAAAGACUCAAGAUGAUGUAGUUAUAUAACACAUUGUGAGAUUCUUUCCAGGUAGCAUAAAGAGUAAUUAGUCUUCUUAAAUGAAAGUCUGAAAUGCCUUCCCUCCAUUCCCCUUAAUGCCUGUUAAUAGUUUUGAAUGGGGACUCCCUAUUGAAAGUGGUCUUGUUUAAAAGAAAGCCCAGCCCAACCCUUUUCUAGCUUCUAACACCAAUUUGCUUAAUGACUUAAUGUACCCAUGUCUUACGUGUCGCCACUCCUAUUAGGAUAGCUAUACCUUCUCUACUUCCCAGGGCUGUUAUGGAGAAUCACAUGAGAAUGUGUGAAAUACUUUGAGCUCUUCUAGAGAAGGUGUUUCAGUACAAAGCAUUCAUGUAUUACUCAUAACCUAAGACCAAGAGCUUAAAAAGACUUGAAUAGUUUGGGACCAAUUCAAUUCACUGAGAAGAUUUUUAACUUGUGUUUGUUUCGUUCCUGCUGCUCUAUACGUUUAUGGAUGUCGUAUUUCUGAUGAAACUCUUCAACUGUACCAACAACCAAACCAUCCUAAAGAGAAACUUCUAGUAGGAUAGCUUCUUCCUGGAACUUAGCUGUAGCCUCUUUCACUAGUAUUAUUAGAUAUUUGUGUACAGAAAGUAUACAGUUAUUCAGGUUAAUGUUUCAUAUUAAAGAAUGUAUUUGUAAAAUGUAACAAGAUCAGUAGUUAACUUUUUUUAAGCUCUGCAAAGAAUAAAAAAGAUUAUGUUAGAAUGUAAAGCUACAGGGAAAUCUGUCUUAACACUACUUUUGUGGCUUGUGAAGGUCACGCAUUCAUGUGAAAUUAUUAGCAGAGUGUCCUAAACAAGUAAUCUUAAAGUUAAGUUUUGCUCUAAUUUGCCAAAUUGUAACAUUGUCAAUAUCUGUUGUACAGUAACUAAUUCCUCAAGAAAUUCUCCAAGACAUCAAACAUAAUUUUGUUUUCUUUAGCGACAAGCUCAACUUGAUCUGUGGAUUCGUCAUUGCAAACACCAAUUUUGUCAUUAAAUAUUUUAAUUCUGUGA